AGAAGAAACAGAAGAAUGAUCGCGAGAGCACAGCGAGGUUGGAGUAGAGCUCAGAAAAGAUGGCCGACAGGUUAACGCAGCUCCAGGACGCUGUCAAUUCGCUUGCAGAUCAGUUGUGCAAUGCUAUCGGAGUUCUGCAACAGUGUGCGCCGCCUGCUUCCUUCAGUAACAUCCAGACGUCUAUCAACAAGGACCAGCCUGCGAACCCAACUGAAGAAUAUGCCCAGCUGUUCGCAGCCCUGAUCGCCAGAACAGCCAAAGAUGUGGACGUCCUCAUCGACUCUUUGCCCAGUGAAGAGUCCACAGCAGCAGUGCAGGCGGCCAGUCUACGGCAGCUGGAGGAGGAGAACCACGAGGCAGCGGCCCGGCUGGAGGAGGUGGUCUACCGCGGGGACAUGCUGCUGGAGAAGAUCCAGAGCGCCCUGGCUGACAUAGCACAGUCACAGCUACGCACCCGCAACGGAGCCCUGAGUCAGCCGUCACCAGCUGAGACCUGACCCCUGACCCCUGACCUUGGACUGUCUGUUCACGAACUGCACAUCUGAAACAUCUGUCCUGAACGGGUUCAAGAGUUCGAUAUACGAUGGAGUGAAAGUGGUGUGAAUGAAGGUUGAUUGAUGAUCUGGUGAGUUUGAGUUUGAAACAUCAAACUGGAGAAGUUUGAUGUCUGCAAUUUAUUUUCCUUUUUAUUUUUUUUUUACAUCAUUUAACUUUCAAAACGUGUUUGGCUUGAAAUAAACAUUGUGUACUUUUAUGUUAGAUCUUUUUCUGUGAUUAAAAGUGAACAUUUUCA